AUGGAGCCUCAUGAAGUCGCAAAGCGGCCCGCAGACGAAGUCAGCAUCGUGCAUCAAAUUUCAUCAGCUGCUGCUGAGGAGCCAGCUUCCAAGCGUGUGAAACUCGAUACCCCCGCUCAGACGUCACAAUCUCAAGAUGAUACUACCAAAGCGCAAAGGCCAAGAGUCAAGGGUGUGGCCACCAUCAAGACCGAGUAUCUCAUCGUAGCUCCAGGACAGGGAGAAUGGGGAGGAGUCCCGAGUGAUGAGGGAGCCGCCGCGGUCCUCCUCGAUGAUGACGCCGCCGAGGGGAGGACUGCCCCCGAUCCGCGAGACCAGCAAGACUCUCGCGGCCCCGGCGGCGGCAAAUCCGCUCGUAACAACAAGCAGAGGAAGCAAAAGGGCGGGCAGAACAAGGACCGAGAGUUCGGCACCUUUUCCGACAUCCUGCGCCUGUGUAACUCGGUCGCUUGGACCCCCGAGUUCUCGCCGCGCCACUGCAAGCACGGCGAUCGCUGCAAUGCCCUGCACGACAUCCGCAAGUAUCUCAAGGAGGGCCGGCGCGCCGAUCUGGAAACGUUUGGCGGCAAGUGUCCCCUCUGGGAGACGUACGGCAAGUGCUCGGCCGGCUGGCGCUGCCUCUUCGUGUCGAGCCACAUGAAGGAGGUAGAGCGCGAGGACGGACGCAAAGAGCUGAUCCUCGUCGAGGAAUCUAGCAAGAACUCCGCCGUAGCUGCUGAUGAUGGCGACGUCGCAGUCGAGGGCGAUGGCGAGGGUGGCGGCGAGGCGAGGCCCGGCGUCAUGAACGUGGUGUCUCCUCAGAUCAAGCUGGACUUGUCGAGAAAGAGAAUGGUUUUUGAAAAGUCGGAGCAGUACCUGGAAUGGCUGGCCAGCGACACGAAGCUCUACCAGACCCAUUUCCACCGGCAAAAGGACGACGAGGACGAGUCAAAGGACUACAAGGCGCAGUACGUUGAGCCUCCCCUCAAGCCGUCGGAGAAAAGGAGAAUCUAUUUUGGCCGGGAAACGCCCGUCCUGGCGCCUCUGACGACGCAGGGAAACCUCCCGUUCCGCCGCUUGUGCGUGGAGCUCGGUGCGCAAGUGACCUACUCUGAAAUGGCCCUUGCCUUGCCGCUGCUCCAAGGACAAAAGGCCGACUGGACGCUGAUGAGGGCGCACGAGUCCGAGGUGACUCCCCCCCGCUUCACGCCCAGCGGGCCCGUUGUCCGAGGCUACGACAACUCGAAGGACCUCAAGUUUGGCGUACAGAUCACGGCGAGCGCUCCCUGGAUGGCCAUCAAAGCCACCGAGACGCUGACCCGGUUCUUGCCUCAUCUGCGACUCAUUGACCUGAAUUGCGGCUGCCCUAUCGACAUGGUAUUCAAGUCUGGAGCGGGGUCGGGCCUCCUCGACUCGCCGUCGAAGCUGGACAGGAUGAUACGGGGCAUGAAUGCAGUGUCUUGCGACGUCCCCAUCACUGCCAAGAUCAGGAUGGGCAUCAGGGACGACAAGUUCAUCGCCCACAAGCUCGUGGAGCGACUGGGCCUCGGGAGCCAGGACAUGCGCGACACACUCGGGGCUCCUGGCUGUGCGGCGGUGACUCUGCACGGUCGUACCCGGCAGCAGCGGUACACCAGGGACGCCGACUGGAGUUACAUUGCGGAAUGCGCGGCCCUGAUCAAACAGCACAACGAGAAGAGCGACGACCUGGCUGAUACCAUACGCGAGGCCGAGGAGAACACGCUGCCGAACGGGGGCAAGAUGUAUUUCGUGGGCAACGGCGACUGUUACUCGCACGUCGACUACUACGACCACGUCGACAACGCCAAGGUGGACAGCGUCAUGAUUGGCCGGGGAGCCAUCAUCAAGCCGUGGAUCUUUGAAGAGAUCCAAAAGGGCCAGUACCUAGACAAGUCGGCCUCGGAGCGGCUGGCGUACAUUGAGAAGUUUGCGCGCUACGGCAUGGAGGCGUGGGGGUCCGACGAGCUCGGCAUCAACUACACGAGGCGUUUCAUGCUCGAGUUCCUCAGCUUCUUCAACCGCUACGUGCCCAUCGGCCUUCUCGAGUACCUGCCGCCCGUCAUCAACGAGCGGCCCCCUGCCUACCACGGGCGGAGCGAUCUCGAGACGCUGCUUGCCAGUAAGGACUACAAAGACUGGGUCAAGAUUAGCGAGAUGUUCCUCGGUCCGGCUCCUCCGGGGUUCAAGUUCCAGCCGAAGCACAAGUCGAACAGCUACGAGAUUGAGGCCGAAGGUUAA